AUGGACCCCACACGAGUUCAUGUGGGGCCUGUUUCCGCAUUUAAGGAAAAAAGUCGUCAAUUGGUGAAGUCUGGCAAUAGGAAUAUUGCGGUAUAUCGAUACGGGGGUCAGUUUUUUGCGCUUGAUAAUGCUUGUUAUCAUCAUGGUGGACCAUUACUAGAAGGAGAUAUUGAAGAUAUGGGAGGUCAUCCAUGUAUUGUUUGUCCAUGGCAUCAAUACCACAUUACCCUUGACACUGGAGAAGGUCUUUAUUGGGCACUGCAGAUGUUGCCAAAUGGAAUCCCUGAUAAAAACGCUCCGCAAGUAGUGCGAUCUAAAGGAAGAAAACAACGUACACACAUCGUUACAAUUGAAAAUGAUGAAGUAUAUGUGACAGUAAACACCAGCGAACCACGUGUUGAUAGUGACGUAUAUGCCGAAAUGGCUCUUGCUAACCAAGAGAAGGCAAUGACAAUGCCAAUGAAUUGUAGUGGUUGUGGUAGUAUGAAGAAAAUUCAUAGUGGUUUACGUAGUGGACAGGUUUUUGCUGAGAUGGGAGCUCUGAAUAAAAUGCGUUUUCCUGGAUCUUCAGAAAAACCAAUUUUACAGUGUGUAAAAGUAGAAAAUCUUUGUGAUUCUACGAAAAAGUUUUAUUUUAAUAUUUGUCAAGGACGACUCGAAAAACAAUUGAUUCCAGGUCAAUUUGUUGAUUUAAAAUUACCUUUUUUAGACCCUUAUGGUAAUCCAUUUGUGCGACGGUGGACAGUUAUUGAUACAAACAAGGAAGGUUCUCUUUUUACCCUUAUUAUUAAAGCUGCGAAUGAAAGUCGAGGUGGGAGUGUUUGGAUGUUCAGUAAUGCUUUACAUCAACAAUUUACACUUAUUCGUGUUGGGGGAAAUUUCACUUUUACGCAUCAUAUGAGUCGAUUGCGUGAGAUAGAAGGACGUAUUGUGAUACUUUCUGCUGGUAUUGGUAUUACACCAGCAUAUGCUUCACUUUGUCGUUACUUUGAAGAAAUACCAGAAAAGGAAAUACCGAAACUUCAUGUUCUUCACUUGCAUGUAGACAGAACAACGUCUUCUGUUGUGGGACUUCAAAAAUACAUUCAAUGGCAUUACGCUAAAGAAGUGCACUUUACAUACCGUUUUCAAUGCUAUCUCACUAAACAGAACUCUGAUACUAUUAUGAUGAAUGAGUCUCUACGUGCAAUUACGGUAUGUGGACGACGACCAACUGUGGAAGAUAUACAUAAUUUUGUUCGUGAAUUUGUGAGUGCAUCACCUGUUUUAGCUUUUGUUAGUGGUCCAUCGAUAUUCGUUAGUAUGGGAAAACUUGCACUUCUCUCUCUGGGCGUCUUGGAGUCAGAUCUAUUAACAGACGAAGAGGAUUAUGUUAAUAAUGGUGGUGGUGUUAAAGCUUAG